CCCGCCCCAGCUCUUUUUAGAGGUAACAGGUCUUCAGAACUGGAACGGGUGGGAAGGGAAAUGCUGGAUUAAGUUAGGGAAGGGAUCUAGUAGAUGCCAGAGAACAAGUGGAAUGGAUCUUCUUGCUCUGUAGCCCUUUUCUCCUCUCCUGAGUUUCGCCGCCCCCCGAAUUUGGGGAGGUGGGACGGUGUGGUAGGAGCCGUCCAGCAGCCUCAGCCCCACAGACCGACGACUGAGCGGCCGAGUCCUCCAGGCUUCCUAGAGCAUCCCGGAAGUGGGAAGGCGAGAGCCGGCCUCGGGGCCGGGGACGCUUCCGCUCCGCUGCCAACGCCAGCCUCAGGGCAGGACCCAUCUAUGGCCACAGACAGGAAGGCUCAAGAUGACAGGGGCCUAAGAGGUAGCUCCGGAGAGGAUAUCGGCUUCAUCUGCCAUGAGCUUCUCAUCUGGAACACUCCUUGGAUAUCACCAUUAGAAGGAUCUGCUCCACUUCCAUCAUCUUCAAUAUGAUUACUGAAAAUGCUUCUACUGUGAUAAUUCAGUGUUCCUUAUGUCCUCUUAAACAAAAACCUGGAUGAAAGAAAUUACAUCAAAACCUGAGUAAUUAGAAAGGAAUAAAAACAAUAGUCUCUCAUUUUGUGAGAGAAUAGAAGUCUGACAACUGCACCUGAUCUUUCCCCCCCCUGGCAUGCAUUUUAUGGAAUCUGAAAGUUGUAUCUGAUUGAAUUGGUGUCCUUUGAGGAUGUAGCUGUGUAUCUCACACAGGAGGAGUGGGGACUUCUGAAUUCUGCACAGAAGCAACUCUAUAGUGAUGUGAUGCUAGAGAAUUAUUGGAUUCUUGUCUCCCUAGGAUUUCCCAUCUCCAAACCUGAGAUCAUCUGCCAACUGGAACAAGGAAAAGAAGCAUGGGUCUUGGAUAUACAGGUGCCUAAGGAACGGGUGCUCUCUAGAAAUACCUACAGAGGUUGUAAGUUCAGAUCUGAGAACAAGAAUUUAACUUUAAAAUCAGAAAUCCAGGAGAAGGUUAAAUUAAAUGAAAAUAUACCAGACAGAUCUCAAAGAAAUGUAUUUGAAAUACCUGAGUUUGGUGCACUCUUUGAACAGAACAUCAAUUUAACUAGUCAUAUAAGAACCUCCAGAGAGGAGAAUCAGCUUGAAUAUAUUUUACACCAGAGAGGUCCCGAGUCAGUAGAAGUUUUCCAUAACAAAACAACCAAAGAAGAAAGAAGCCAAGAAUAUAAUGAAUUUGGUAAAACUUUUUAUUGGAGCUCAAAGUUUAUUCCAUAUCAGAGAGUUUCUAUGAAGGAAAAGGGAUAUGAAUGUGUUACAUGUGGCCAAAAUUUUUCCCAGCUUUUGGCUCUUACUGAGCAUCAGCGAAAUCAUUGUAAAGGAAACCACUAUGAAUGUCAAAAUUGUGGCAAUAUCUUCAGUCAAAAGUCAGAAUUCAUAAGACAUCAAAUAAUCCAUAUAUCAGAAAAACCUUUUCAGUGUAAUGAUUGUGAAAAACUUUUUGGUCAUAGCUCACAUCUUACUGAAUUUCAGAACAUUCAUACAGAGGAGAAACCUUAUAAAUGUAACAAGUGUGGGAAAGCCUUUGAUUUAAACUCAAAGCUUAUUUUGGAUGUAGAAAAAGCUUUCUAUGAAUGUAAUGAUGGAAAAACUUUCACGCAAUUGUCAGGUUUUAUUAAGCAUCAGAAAAUUCAUGCUGGAGAUGGCACCUAUAAGUGCAAUGAAUGUGGAAGAGUCUUAAGCAGUAAGCUACAUCUUAUUGAACAUAGCAGAAUUCAUACUGAGAAAUCUUUUCACUGUAAUGUAUGUGGGAUAAUCCUAAGGAGCAGGUUAAGCCUCAUUCAGCAUCUCAGAAUUCAUACUGAUGAGAAAUCUUUUCAGGGUAAUGAAUGUGGAAGAAUUUUGAACAAUAGGUUAAGCCUUACUCAACAUUGCAGAAUUCAUACUGGUGAAAAGCCUUUUAAAUGUGAUGAAUGUGGGAAAGCCUUCACUCAGUUAAUAGAUUUUGUUAAUCAUCAAAGAAAUCAUACUGGUGAGAAACCUUAUGAAUGUAAGGAAUGUAAAAAAGGCUUCACUCGACAUUCGGUCCUUAUUCGACAUCAGAGAACUCACACUGGAGAGAAGCCAUUUAAAUGUAAUGAGUGUGAAAAGGCUUUCAAUAGACAGUCAGUUCUUAAUAUACAUCAGAGAGUCCAUACUGGGGAAAAGCCAUAUGAAUGUAAUGAAUGUGGGAAAACCUUCUGUCGGAGUUCCACACUUAGCCAACAUCAGAAAAUUCACACUGGAGAGAAGCCGUUUAAAUGUAAUGAUUGUGGAAAACGCUUUGGUCGUAGCUCCCAUCUUACUGAACAUCGGAGAACUCAUACAGGGGAGAAACCCUAUAAAUGUAACAAGUGUGAGAAAGCUUUUAGUUUAAACUCAAAGCUUAUUCGACAUGAGAGGGUUCAUAAUGGAGAGAAACCUCAUGAAUGUAAUGACUGUGGGAGGACUUUUACACAGUUGUCAGGUUUUAUUAAGCAUCAGAAAAUUCAUACUGGAGAUGGCACCUAUAAGUGCAAUGAAUGUGGAAGAAUCUUAAGCAGUAAGCUACGUCUUAUUGAGCACAGCAGAAUUCAUACUGGUGAGAAACCUUUUCAAUGUAAUGUUUGUGGGAGAGGUCUAAGAAGCAGGUUAAGCCUCAUUCAGCAUCUCAGAAUUCAUUCUGGUGAGAAACCUUUUCAGUGUGAUGAAUGUGGAAGAACCUUAAGCAGUAGACUGAGCCUUAUUCAACACUACAGAAUUCACACUGGUGAAAAACCUUAUAAAUGUGAUGAAUGUGGAAAAGCCUUCACUCAGUUAAUAGGUUUUGUUAACCAUCAAAGAAAUCAUACUGGUGAGAAACCUUAUGAAUGUAAGGAAUGUAAAAAAGCCUUCACUCGACAUUCGGUCCUUAUUCGACAUCAGAGAACUCACACUGGAGAGAAACCAUUUAAAUGUAAUGAGUGUGGUAAGGCUUUCAAUAGACGUUCAGUCCUUAAUGUACAUAAGAGAGUCCAUACUGGGGAAAAGCCAUAUGAAUGUAAUGAAUGUGGGAAAACUUUCUGUCGGAGUUCCACACUCAGCCAACACCAGAGAAUUCAUACCGGAGAGAAACCAUAUCAAUGUAAUAUAUGUGGGAAAACCUUCAGGUGCAGCCCUUACCUUACUGUACAUCAGAGAGUUCAUACUGAAGAAAAACCAUAUGAAUGUAAUGAAUGUGGAAAAGCCUUCAGUUUGAGCUCUAGGCUCCUACGACAUCAGAAAAUUCACACUUCAGAGAAGUUUACUGCAUUAUAAAUUCCAUGAUGUUAGGGGCUUUAUAGCUCUCAGUUCCGAGAGGUAUUAAUUUUCAGUGUUCUAUAAUACUAUCCUGCACUGAAUAGGUUCUCUGGUAAUGAUCGUUUUAAAUGUGGAAAAUCGUCCUUCAAUCAGUUCUAACUUCAUUAGUGAAAAAAAUUGAUGAUUGUGAACUUUGGAGGCAAAUAAAUCAUUUUAUUGAUAUAUUUUGGUUUUACAUUAUAUAUUUACAAAUUAUGCCCACUUUGUGAGAUGUUUCUUGUAACAAAGUUAAAUAAUAAAAUAAAAUUAAUGAUAGUGACUUCAAGGGAAAAUUCAUGCAAAAUUUCACAUCUGCAAUACUUCCACCUCUUAAAAAAAAUGAACCAAAUGUUUUCACUCCUGCUCCACCCACUGAAAAAAAUUUUAAAAAAUAAGUUUUUAACAAUUAUGCAUAAUUCAAUAAAACAUUCCCUCAAUGGCUAUAUGCCAAAAUGUGUCUUGUUUUGUAUCCUAAAUCUAUUAUCUCUCCAAUGGAUAGGACAUUUUAACGUAUUCCUUUGGAAUUGUGAAUGGUUGUUAUAGUGAUUGUAAUUCUUGGAGUUUUUUUCAAGUGUUAUUAAAAUGUACAUUGUUCUGGUUCUUUAUUAUUUUUUACAAAAAACAUUGAAACUGUUCAUUUUUUAUAAUGU